AGUUGGACGUUUCUUAAGCAUUGUAUUCUGCGAAUGGUUUUCUGAUAAACAAAACUCUUCAUAUAGUAAAAAUAGUUCUAGAACAGAGUUUCCAUUAGUGUUUAUAUGUAUUUAUUUACUCUACAUAUUGAAAGGAAAAGUGCAUCGUAGCGGAAAAGAAAGUAUAGGAAUUGAUUUCAGAGGAAAUUCGAAAUCGUGUAUAAUUUACCACUUGGAAUCACCCUGCAUCAAGUUGUUGGUGCUAGAAAUGGCGGAAAUGAAUAAUGAUGCCUCAAAAAAGAAAGCCCGUACAUUUGAUUUUAUGGAAAUGUUUAAGGAGGCAAAGCAAACAGCCCUGGAACGCAGUCAAGGUAAAUUUGAAGAUGAUAAGAACAGUGCCAUUGCCACGGAAGGUGAUGUCAUAGGCCCCUCUCCUUCUGUUUCACAAAAAUCCUCAAAGACUGGAGAUGAUUUGGGACCUUCAAAACCUCAGAAGUCUAAUGAAGUGGAAAGUGAUGAUGAAGAGGAUAUGAUAGGACCUCCUCUUCCGCCUGGUUUGACUAAAGGCUCAAAAACAUCAGAAGAGGAGGUGGAGAUAGGACCCCCUUUACCCCCAAGUACAUCAGCAUCAAAAGGUUCAGAUGAUGAAGAUGAUGAAGAGGACGAACCAGAGGAGAGCUUAGAUAAGAAAAUUCCUUCUUCUCAUGAGAUAUCUCUAGAUCACGGCUCCAAAGCAGUAUCUGCAUUAGCCUUGGAUCCCGCAGGGGCACGGCUUGUCACAGGAGGGCAUGAUUUCAUUGUCAAAUUCUGGGAUUUUGCUGGAAUGGAUCAGAGUUUACAGUCAUUUAGAAACAUUAAACCAUGUGAAAGCCACCAUUUGAACCAACUGCAGUAUAGUGCUACAGGUGAAAUGAUACUGAUAGUGGCAGCUAAUUCACGGGCCAAAGUAGUGGACCGUGAUGGUUUUGAAAAGCUAGAAUGUGCCAAGGGAGACCCGUAUAUUGUGGACAUGGCUAGUACAAAAGGACAUACAGCCAUGUUAAAUGGAGGAAGCUGGAAUCCCAAAGUCCGAGAAGAGUUCAUGACCUGUUCUAAUGAUGGCACAGUGAGACUGUGGGACGUCAACGCCGAAGGGAAAAAGCACAAAAACUGCAUCAAGCCUAAAUCUCAGCAGGGGAGGAAACUCGUCCCCACUGCCUGUGCCUACAGUAAUGAUGGCCGCUGGGUGGCAGCUGCUUGUCAGGAUGGCUCAAUCCAAAUGUGGGAUCAUAACAAAAACUUUGUGAAUGUGGCUAUGAUUAAUAGAGGAUGUCACAUGAAUGGCACGGACACUUCCUGUUUAUGCUUCUCUUAUGAUGGACAAUGCCUUGCAUCAAGAGGAGGUGAUGAUACACUAAAAUUGUGGGAUAUGAGAAAUUUCAAGAAACCCCUUAAGGUGCGAGAAAACCUUAUCAGUUAUUACACCGUAACUGACUGCAUCUUUAGUCCUAAUGACAGAAUGGUGCUAACAGGAACCUCUGUGAAAAAAGAAGGUGAUGGGAAACUUCUCUUCCUGGAUAGGGAGUCAUUAGACACAGUGUCAGAAAUCACAGUGGCUGAAUCAAGUGUGGUGCGAUGUAUAUGGCAUCCGAAACUGAACCAGAUUGUGAUUGGUUGUAGUGACGGCAAGGCUCGAUUGUUUUAUGAUCCAGAAAAAAGCCACAGGGGAGCCAUGCUCUGUAUGGUUAAACAGCCCAGAAAAUCUAAACAGGUGCUUGCUCUGGCAUCUCAGCAGAUCAUCACACCUUAUGCCCUACCAAUGUUCAAAGAAACUAAGUCUACAAGUACCAAGAAAUUUGAGGAGAAAGUCAGGAAGGAUCCUAUAAGAUCAAAGAGGCCAGAUUUACCCAUUACUGGGCCAGGUGAGGGUGGACGACUGGGAGUGAAGGGGGCUACCCUGGCUCAGUAUGUGGCCCAGAGCCUGGUCAAAAGAAAACCCGACAAGUAUGAAAACGAUCCCAGGGCCGCUAUCCUAAGACACGCCAAGGAAGCAGCAGAAAACCCUUUCUGGAUUGACCCUGCUUACAAGAAGACACAACCACAUAAACUCUUCCAAGAAGAAGAGAAAAAAGAAGAGGAAGAUACUGAUGAACCAGUGUGGAAGAAACAAAAAAUAUGAUUAUAAUUUAAUCACAAAUCUCGAGAUAGUGGCUGCUGGUCGGUCACUAACAGCAGUGGUUUUCCUCCCUGUUGGCGGAAGAGAGACAAGGUCAUUUAUUAGCCAGUUGAGCGAUUAGUCAACAUUAUGCAGUCCUUGUUUGGAACAGGUUGUACCAGACAGUUGAUAUGUAAACAAGUGAUGCUGAGCCAAAUUUGAACCAUUUUGAUGAAAUCUAAUCAGAAUUGUCAUCAUGUUGUAUACUGUAUACAUGCUAGGUAUUUUAUUAAACAAUGAAUUGCAAAUUAAAAAAAUACUGGUA